UUCAUUUUAGAACCUAUAUCUCGUCGAUGAUCGACACUGGAAAAUAUUGGAUUAUUCUCGAUUUUGUUGUGAAUCCGUAUAUCUUUAUUUUAAACAUAGGACAUUACGGACGGAACAAUGGAACGGCAAGUACUGUUGUUUAUAUUGGUCCUCUCUUUCGGCUUAGUGCACGGGCAGGUCAGCUAUUCUAUUCCAGAAGAAAUGGUGAAAGGCUCUCUAGUAGGUAACAUAGCGCAGGAUUUAGGUUUAGAUAUCAAGAGACUGAAAUCAGGCAGAGCUCGAUUACAUGUAGGAAACAACGCAGACUACAUAGAGCUGAAUAAAGAAAGGGGAGUCCUCCUCAUUAAAGAAAAAAUAGACCGUGAAGCGCUCUGUGAACAGACAACGCCUUGCGCUCUACAUUUCCAAAUCAUUCUAGAGAAUCCAAUCGAAUUUUACCGUGUCACAAUUGAGAUCACGGAUAUAAAUGACAAUGCCCCCUUUUUCCAGAAAGAUAAGAUGAAAUUCGAAAUAAGUGAGUCGGCAACAAAAGGAGCUAAAUUUAUACUAGAGAGAGCAUUCGAUUUAGAUAUCGGAGUAAAUGGACUCCAAAGUUACUCUCUUAACCCAACGGAUAAUUUUGAAUUGAAAUUACAAGGCCAGGCAGAUGGCAGUAAAAAGGUCGAGAUGAUCUUAAAGAAGCCUCUAGACCGUGAGAAGCAGGAGCAGAUACAUCUGUUGUUAACCGCGUCUGACGGUGGUGAGCCGCAGAUGUCUGGAACUGUCCAGAUACUCGUCACUGUACUUGAUGCCAACGACAAUGCUCCAGUUUUUACGCAGACAAUAUACAAGGCUAGAUUGGUUGAAAACUCCCCUUCUGGAACUGUCUUAACUACAGUUAGUGCAUCAGACAUAGAUAAUGGAUCUAAUGGCUUAGUGACGUAUUUAAUAUCGAGUAGCACCGUUGGUAUUUUGAAUCAUUUUGAAAUUAAUGAGAGUAACGGCGAAGUUCGGUUGAAAGGCGAGGUUGAUUAUGAAAAAUCUAAACACUAUCAGAUAGAUAUAGAAGCUAAGGAUCAGGGUGGCCUUUCAGAUUCGAGUAAAUUAAUGGUAGACAUCAUUGACGUGAACGAUAAUAUGCCCAUGAUUGAUUUAAUGUCAACAUCACGGUCAGUUCCGGAGGACUCCCCUUCUCAGACAGUUAUAGCUGUGAUGAGUGUUCACGAUCCCGACUCUGAUAAUAACGGAGUGGUUGGUUGUGUUUUGAAUGAAAAUAUACCGUUUGCUAUGAAGUCUACAUCAAACGGAUUCUAUAGCUUAGUAACUGACAGUGAAUUAGACCGAGAGAGAGAUUCAAAGUAUAACAUCAGUGUCACGUGUUCUGAUGAGGGCGUGCCCUCGCUCUCCAGCAUUGUCACUCUCAACUUACAGAUAUCAGACGUGAAUGACAACGCGCCUGUCUUUGAGAAGAGUUCAUAUGAAGCCUACAUUAUAGAAAACAACACACCGGGCCUCUCUAUAUUUACAGUGAAAGCAAGAGACGCUGACUGGAACCAGAAUGCUCGUGUUUCUUACAUACUGGAGGACUCCUCGGUUAAUGGAGUGCCCGUCUCCUCAUAUGUGUCCAUUAGUGCUGAUAGUGGAGUCGUCCAUGCAGUGCGCUCUUUUGACUUCGAGCAGAUCAAGGAUUUCCAGUUCCGCGUAAAAGCGCAGGAUGGAGGCUCCCCUCCACUCAGUAGCAAUGUGACUGUGAAGAUAUUGAUCCAAGACCAGAACGACAACGCACCUCAGGUUCUGUACCCAGUCCAGACUGGUGGCUCUCUGGUGGCUGAAAUGGUGCCUCGUUCAGCAGAUAUAGGCUAUCUGGUCACUAAAGUGGUGGCUGUUGAUGUGGACUCUGGACAAAAUGCCUGGCUCGCCUAUAAACUGCAGAAAGCCACAGACAGAGCGCUGUUUGAAGUGGGCUCACAGAAUGGGGAAAUAAGAACUGUUCGCCAAGUGACUGAUAAAGAUGCAGUGAAACAAAGGCUCACCGUUGUAGUGGAGGACAACGGGCAGCCCUGUCGUUCAGCUACAGUCAAUGUUAACGUGGCAGUGGCCGACAGCUUCCCUGAAGUGCUCUCGGAGUUCACUGACUUUACGCACGACAAGGAGUACAAUGACAACCUGACUUUUUACUUAGUCUUGGCUUUGGCUGUAGUUUCAUUUCUGUUCAUCACGUGUUUAGUGGUUAUUAUAUCAGUGAAAAUAUACAGAUGGAGACAGUCUCGCAUCCUCUAUCAUUCCAAUCUCCCGGUGAUUCCUUAUUAUCCACCGCGUUACGCAGACACUUUGGGGACGGGAACUCUACAGCACGUGUACAAUUACGAGGUGUGCAGGACGACUGACUCAAGAAAGAGUGAGUGUAAGUUCGCCAGACCAGGUAGUCAGAACAUCCUGAUAAUGGACCCCAGUUUGACAGGAACGAUGCAGCGGAUACAGAGUGAAAAGAACCUCUUGGAUGAACCAGACUCUCCACUGGAGGUUAGUGUGCUGUAA